ACUUCCUACAGAGUCCAUUCAACUUCCGACAACAACGUGUGUUGCUGAUGGAAAUUGCAGUUGUUUCCAGGUUGCACUACCUAAAAUGACUGACUACAAAGAAGAACAAGAUAACGAGAUUGAAGCUCUAGAAUCUAUUUAUCCAGAUGAAAUUAAAGUGCUAAGCACAGAACCUUACACUUUUACUGUUGAUAUAAACAUCACAGACUCGCCAAAUGAAAAUCAUGAAGAUGAAAGUGUUUCAAUUACAGUCCAAUUUACAUACACGCCUUCAUAUCCAGAUGAGGGUCCACUGAUAGAAAUUGUGAAUGCAAAUAACUUAGAUGAUCAGGAAACAGACUCAUUACUGCAGUUCAUGCAGAGUCAGGUAGAAGAAAAUUUAGGAAUGGUUAUGGUUUUCUCAAUAGUAUCAGCAACUCAGGAAAAACUUACUGAAAUGAGAGAAGAGAGGAAGAAGAGAAAAGAAGAAGAAAGAGAAAGAAAAGCUCGAGAAUUAGAAGAAUUAGAACAGAAAAAAUUUGAAGGCACAAAAGUUACGAUAGAAACAUUUUUAGCAUGGAAGACUGCAUUUGAUGCAGAGUUGGCAGAAGCUAAACGUAAAGCAGGUUUGCAGCGUGAAGUUUCUAAAAAGUUAACAGGAAGGGAGCUAUUUAUGAGAGAUUCCACAAUGGAUGAUUCAGAUAUAAAGUUCUUAGAAGGAGAAGAGGGAGAUGCUGUUGAGGUGGACGAAAGUUUAUUUGAAGAUUUGGAUGACCUGGACAUAGAUGAGGAUGAGGACGUGACGACAUAAGCCUGACUGCCUGUGAUCACUCAGGUGUUAAAGUGGCACUUGGGUUGUUUGCACAAUUUAUUUAUUUAUAAAUCCAUAUUGACUUAUGUUUUACAUCAGAAAGAAAGAAAAAAUGGUGACAUUUAGUCUUUUUUCAUGAUUUAAGCGAAUGACACUUCAGUCAUGAGUUAUGCCAAAAGGGGUCUUUACGGAUCACAUCCGUAAACUGAUUUUUAUCGAGCAAUUUUUUAUAAUAAAAACGGUUCUUUAUUUGGUCAUAUUUCAACAUAUAUUGAGAUUGGUGUGGAUAUCUUAACUGCAUCCAUUGAUAAUUGUAGUUUUGGUUUAAAGCAGGCAUAAUGAUAUAUUGUUGGGACCUGUAAGAUUGUUUAAACAUGCAAUUGAAUAUUUAUCUUCAUUGAACUCAAUUUUCAUCUGAAACAUAGGAAAGCGUAGAAUGAUUUCAAAACAUUAUUAUAAACAUAUAUUCAUACAUGUGAUAUUAUGGUGUAUUGAAGAUGUUCGAAAAAGGAUUAUACUGAACCAGUGCAUAUGUCACCAAAGGCAAAAAAAAGUUAAAUAAACGGCUAAUUAUAGGCCCUUAAAGUGAACUGUUUAACAUCUGCUUGAAAUUUCAGUAGAAAAGACAAGUACAUUGUCACGUUUCACAUUUCUUUUAAUGUGAUACUGUUUAUUAUGCUUUACUUUUUCUCUCCCCCUUUUUUAUGUACAGACACAGAUGUGUCUGUACAUAUUGCCAUCACCUG